AUGACUUACGACUGGUUUGAGUCUAUAGGCAGGCCACGGUUUGUGGUUGCUCCUAUGGUUGAUGCCAGUGAGUUAGCUUGGCGCCUUUUAUGCCGGCGACAUGGAGCAACAUUAUGUUACACGCCAAUGUUUCACAGUAAUGUUUUUAAUAAAGACCCUAAGUAUAGGAAAGAUAACAUGGUUACAUGUGAGGAAGAUCGUCCCCUGAUUGUACAGUUCUGUGGAAAUAACCCCGAAAUUAUGGCAUCGGCUGCGAAACUUGUUGAGGGCCAAUGUGAUGCCAUUGACAUAAAUCUUGGCUGUCCACAAUCCAUAGCCAAAAGAGGCAGAUAUGGAUCCUUCCUCCAAGAUGACUGGGAUCUAUUGAAGAAACUGGUGCAAACAAUGUCUGAAGCAGUUUCGGUGCCAAUAACAUGCAAAGUAAGGAUUUUUGAGAGCAUAGAGAAAUCAGUGGAGUAUGCUCUCAUGUUACAAAAUGCUGGAUGUAAAAUGCUCACAGUUCAUGGCAGAACUAGGGAACAAAAGGGACCAUUGACUGGAAUCGCUAGUUGGGAACACAUAAAAGCAGUAAGGGAAGCAAUAUCAAUACCCAUGCUAGCUAAUGGGAACAUUCAAUGUUUGCAAGAUGUCUACAGAUGUUUGGAAUAUACUAAAGUAGAUGGAAUUAUGAGUGCAGAGGGAAACCUAACAAAUCCAGCCAUAUUUGAAGGAAUAAAUCCUGUGUCAUGGGAGAUAGCUAAUGAGUAUUUAGACUUAGUAGAACAGUAUCCUUGCCCAACAUCUUAUAUAAGAGGUCAUUUAUUUAAAAUAUUUCAUAAAAUAUUUUCACUAGAAGAAAACAAUGAAGAUAGACAAAUUCUGGCCACAGCACAAAACUUAGAUGACUUCAAGAGAGUGUGUAUCAAUGUUAGAGACAAGUACUUGCCUUAUCAUGAAGGUAAAAUUAAUAUUGAGAAUGAUGAGAACAUAACUAGGAUUGGAUUCAAUUUAAUAUUACCUCCAUGGAUAUGCCAGCCUUAUGUAAGAAUGUCACCUGAAGAACACACACGAAAAAUGGAGAAAUUAAAUAUAAUUCAGGAAAAUGCUGCUGAAAAAAGGAAAUGUGAGGACACUGAUGGCACAAUCCUAUCUAGGAAGAAACUGAAAAAGUUGAAGAGAAUAAGCAGAAGACCAGAAAAACCAGAUUCUCAGCAGAAUAGCAGAAGUGGUCAAAUCUGCUUUAGUGAAAAUUGCCCCAAUCCUCUUGGUGGAAAAUGUUUAUAUCAACUGUGCAAAAAGUGUUGCAGAAACAAAUGCUAUGAGCAAGAGUUAGACUGUAAAGGACAUGGAAUAUUAGUUCAUACUCGACGCGAAAUGGCUAGGAAGUUUGCAAAUGUUCAGGCUAACACAGAAACUGAUACCACUUAA